AAGAUAGCAACGCUCAUUUGUCUUCUCAUCAAAAUAUGCAGGUCUAUGCCCAUAGCGCAUCAUAGAAUUCAGAAGUCUCAACCAUUCAUUGUCUGGAACACCGACCAGUGACUGCUCUAAUAUGUCGAGACGCGGGAACUUCGCCGAGCUCCGCGCUCUACGCGCUUCUGGAAAGAAACGUCUGGCCACUUAUGAAGUUGAGGAGGAGAAGAAGUUAUUCGAAGAAGUUGAUGAAGAAGGCUACAAAAAAGUCGUCAGGGACCGUCUUAAUCAGGACGAUUUCGUUAUUGACGAUAAUGGGGAAGGAUACGCCGAUGACGGAAGAGAGGAUUGGACGAACGAUCAGAGAUAUGGCGAGAGCGAGAGCGAAGAGGACGCCCCUCUCCGUGGUAAAGCUGCAAAACGGAAACGAGAAGAAGACCGGAGUCGACAGGAAAAAAUAAGGAACGGGAUUAACAAGUACUUCAGUGCUGGACCUGUGGCUUCUGCACCAAAGCCCAAGCCCGUAACUAGUGCAGAGGAUGCUGCGUUCAUGGCAGAUUUACUAGGUGAAGUGGAUAGCAAUAUAACGAGCAAGAGGGUCCCGCCAUCGAUGCAGCCGAUUAAAUCUGAGUCUCGCCGAAAGACCCGCAUUCUAUCACCACCGCUAUCCGAGAAUCGGGAGGGCCGUAUGCCAACUGUCCCACAAUAUCAAGACGAAAGUCGACUACCCGAUGCAGGUCAAGACGGAAAAAUUGAAGAUGACGAUAACGAUGAUAUUUUCCAGGCGUUAGACAACGAUGUUCCUAUGAGCGAUCCACAGCUACCUUCAUCUCCAGUUGCCAAAGCUUUGGAACGGAAAGGCCAUCUUCCUGCCCUUCGUGAAGACUCCGAGGAAGAAGAGGACGACAAAUUGGAAGUUGCCAGAGCGAGUGGGGAUGUCGGUGGUAGAUCUACGAGAAUUAACAUAUCUGGAUCAAGGCCAGCGCCAAGGAUAAAAAAGGAGACUACGUAUCCUACUCCUGCGAGUUCGUCACCAACAAGACCUCCCUCCGAGGCAGUAGACGCAUCGGCCUGGAAUGAUGUUACGACGCGGUUGCGCGUAUUGAAAAGCUCAACACACGAAACUUCGAGCAUUGGAAAGCUUCAGCCACAGGAUGCAAUUGAAGAAGAUGGCAGUUUGCGAAUGUUUUGGUUGGACUAUACUGAAGUCAACGGAAGCUUAUGUCUCUUCGGCAAAGUGAAGAACAAGCGCACAGGCGAGUUUGUAAGCUGCUUCGUGAAGGUAGAUAAUAUCUUACGCAAGCUCUACUUUUUGCCGCGCGAGUUUCGACAAAGGAAUGGCCGUGACACUUCUGAGGAGGUUGAUAUGAAGAAUGUAUAUGAUGAAGUUGAUGAGUUGAUGUCGAGGCAACGUGUUGGAAUGUAUAAGAUCAAGCCUUGCACACGAAAAUACGCAUUUGAGCUGCCAGACAUCCCCCAGGAAGCAGAUUAUUUGAAGCUGUUGUAUCCGUAUGAUAAACCUGCUUUGCCAACGGACCUCAGAGGAGGCACUUUCUCCCAUGUUUUCGGCUCCAACACUGCCUUAUUUGAGCAGUUUGUUUUGUGGAAAAACAUUAUGGGACCUUGCUGGCUGAAGAUUGAGGAAGCAGACUUUACGGCAGUCAAUAAUGCUUCGUGGUGCAAACUUGAGCUCCAAGUCUCCAAGCCUAACGUCAUCUCUCCCCUCGGUGAUGCAGACAAUCUUGAGGCGCCUCCACUCACAUUGAUGAGUCUUUCACUCAGGACUACAUUGAAUGUUAAGGAAAACAAACAGGAGAUUCUGCUAGCAAGCGCACGAGUAUAUGAGAAUGUAUCGUUGAGCGACACUACUCCGCCAGAGAAGCUUGCAACUAAGACGUUCACUGUGAUGCGCCCGACCGGUCAAUCGUUCCCCAUAGGAUUCCAAGCAGAAGCAGAGAAGCAUAUUGGGACUGUGAAGCUUGAAAGGAACGAGCAAGGCAUUCUUAGCUAUUUUCUUGCAAUUUUGCAGCGGAUAGACCCCGACGUUCUCGUUGGCCACCAACUUGAAGGAGUUGAUUAUAAUAUUCUCCUUAACCGCUUGCGAGAAAAGAAAACCCCAGGCUGGCAUCGCAUAGGACGGCUGCGACGCAGUGAGUGGCCCAAAAACAUUGGAAAAGUUGGCGGAAGCUUCUUUGCGGAAAGACAACUUGUUGCUGGACGACUGCUUUGUGAUCUUGCGAACGACUUAGGAAAGUCCCUGAUGACCAAGUGCCAAUCCUGGAGUUUAACUGAGAUGUGCAAGCUUGUUCUGGGUCCGAACAGCCCUCGCACUGAUCUCGACAAUGAAGCGGCCCUAAAGACUUGGGCAAGCUCCCGGGAGGGACUAAUGAACUAUCUCCGUCAUUGCGAAGCAGAUACUUAUUUUAUUGCUGCUAUCGCACUCAAGGUGCAAAUGCUUCCCUUGACUAAAGUGCUUACCAAUCUAGCAGGAAAUUCUUGGGCACGAACUCUUAGCGGAACAAGGGCAGAGCGAAAUGAGUAUAUUCUUCUUCACGAGUUCCAUCGAAACAAGUUUAUUUGCCCUGAUAAAGCCACGGGGAAAUGGAAGCAGAAAGCUGAAGAAGAGAACGACGAAGGCGAAGAUGGUCUGGAUGUGAAGAAGAAGGACAAGUACAAAGGCGGUUUGGUCUUCGAACCCGAAAAGGGUCUCUACGACAGAUUUAUAUUAGUCAUGGACUUUAACAGUUUGUACCCAAGCAUUAUUCAGGAGUAUAACAUUUGCUUCACAACCGUGGAUAGAUCGCAUCUGUCUGAGGAUGACGAAAAAGUACCGGAUGUGCCUAAAGAGCAAAAUCAAGGCAUACUUCCACGACUUAUCGCAACGCUCGUUAGCAGGAGGAGGCAAGUGAAAAGCCUCAUGAAAGACAAACGGGCUACCCCAGACCAAUUAGCGACGUGGGACAUCAAACAGCUCGCACUCAAACUCACAGCCAACUCUAUGUACGGUUGUCUGGGCUAUACAAGAUCUCGAUUCUACGCUAGACCCCUUGCCAUGCUUACAACCUUUAAAGGCCGGGAGAUUCUGAGAAGCACGAAAGACUUGGCAGAAACAUCUCAACUGAGGGUAAUAUACGGUGAUACGGACUCCGUGAUGAUCAACACAAAUACCGACACCUUGGAGGACGCCUUGAAACUUGGCUCUGAAUUCAGGCGCGCUGUGAAUGAGCGAUAUAAAUUGCUAGAGAUUGACAUCGAUAACAUCUUUCGCCGCCUACUCUUGCAUGCAAAGAAGAAAUACGCCGCCAUCAACAUGGUUGAGGUGGACGGGAAAUAUGUGGAUAAGCUAGAGGUAAAGGGCUUAGAUAUGAGGAGAAGAGAAUAUUGCGCCCUUUCAAAGGAAGCAUCAUCGCAUCUUCUGAAUGAGAUCCUCUCGGGCGAUGACCCUGAAGUAGUAAUUGGAAAGAUUCACGACUAUCUUCAGGCCCUUUCUGAAAAAAUGCGUCAGAACGCUGUUCCUUCCCAAAAAUACAUCAUCUAUACCAAAUUGGGGAAACAUCCGAAAGAGUACCCUAAUCCCGAUAGUAUGCCUCAAGUACAGGUUGCGCUCCGAGAGAUUUCGAAAGGCAAAGCGAUUAGAGCCAACGAUGUCAUGGCAUACAUUGUGACUGGAGACAGCAAGUCUUCAGAAAGCGCGGCUAAACGUUCAUACACGCCACAGGACGUUCUUAAAGCUGACUCAGGACUAAAGCCUGUAGACGUGGAAUGGUAUCUCUAUAAACAGAUAUUCCCCCCGGUGGAGCGUCUGUGUGCCCCUAUUGACGGGACCGACCCUGUGAGACUUGCUGAAUGUCUUGGUCUCGAUACACGAAAGUACCAGAUCAGUAGCUCUUCAAAUAACCAACAGGACGAGAUAUUUCCACUCGAAUCUCAGAUUCCCGACGAUGUCCGCUUCAAAGACGCAAUCCGACUGAAGCUCCGUUGUCGAUUCUGUAAAGAGACUAUGAACUUUGACGGUUUAGUCAAUUCUUUGGACCUCUGCAGUCGAGAUGGAAUCGUUUGUCCAAAUAAAGCCUGCAACAAGAAUCUGCCGACUAUUUCAGUCGUUGCUCAGCUGGAAAGUCAGAUUCGCCAACAAACGGCCAAUUACUACUCGGCGUGGCUUUCGUGUGACGACCCAGCCUGCGGAAACCGAACGAGGCAAAUGAGCGUGUAUGGCCAUCGUUGCCUUGGACCUAAGGGCCUUGCCCACGGUUGCCUAGGGCGUAUGACUUAUGAAUACACUGAGAAAAUGAUGUAUAACCAACUUCUCUACUUCCAGAGCCUUUGGGAUGUAGAAAAGGCGAAAACAAAGGCAGCAGGGGAAAACAAGGAGAAGAUUCUAGCACUUGUCGAAUUCAAUAGGGAAAGGUUUGAUACCCUUAAGGGAGUCGUUCAGAAGUACUUGGACAAGUGCGGAAGGCAAUGGGUUGCCAUGGACAGCCUCUUUGCCUUUGCUCUCAAGACAGUAUAG